UGUCCGCGGUGCUGAGCGCCGGCGGGGGCUCCCGGGGCUCCCGGGCCGGGCGCCAUGGGGAACCGCAGCGCCGCAGAAGCCGAUGGGCUGCUCGGGGGGCGGGGGGCGGGCGGCGGCGGCGCGGGGGCGGCGGCGGCGCUGGUGGGGGGCGUGCUGCUCAUCGGCGCGGUGCUCGCGGGGAACUCGCUCGUGUGCGUGAGCGUGGCGGCCGAGCGCGCCCUGCAGACGCCCACCAACUACUUCAUCGUGAGCCUGGCGGCCGCGGACCUGCUGCUCGCCCUGCUCGUGCUGCCGCUGUUCGUCUACUCCGAGGUCCAGGGCGGCGUGUGGCUGCUGAGCCCCCGCCUCUGCGACGCGCUCAUGGCCAUGGACGUCAUGCUGUGCACCGCUUCCAUCUUCAACCUGUGCGCCAUCAGCGUGGACAGGUUCGUGGCCGUGGCCGUGCCCCUGCGCUACAACCGCCAGGGCCGAGGCGGGCGGCAGCUGCUGCUCAUCGGCGCCACGUGGCUGCUGGCGGCGGCGGUGGCGGCGCCCGUGCUGUGCGGCCUCAACGACACGCGCGGCCGCGACCCCACCGCGUGCCGCCUGGAGGACCGCGACUACGUGGUCUACUCGUCCCUGUGCUCCUUCCUCCUGCCCUGCCCGCUCAUGCUGCUGCUCUACUUGGCCACCUUCCGGGGCCUCCGGCGCUGGGGUGCCGCGCGCCGCGCCAAACUGCACGCCCGCGCGCCCCGCCGGCCCAGCGGCCCCGGCCCGCCGCCUCCCGCCGCCGCCGCGCCCCCCGAGGCCGGCCCGCCCCCGCCCCCGCCGCGAGCCCGCAGGAGCCGCGCCAAGAUCACCAGCCGGGAGCGCAAGGCCAUGAGGGUCCUGCCCGUGGUGGUCGGGGCCUUCCUGGUUUGCUGGACGCCCUUCUUCGUGGUGCACAUCACGCGGGCGCUGUGCCCCGCCUGCGCCGUGUCCCCGCGGCUGGUCAGCGCAGUCACCUGGCUGGGCUACCUGAACAGCGCCCUCAACCCGCUCAUCUACACGGUCUUCAACGCCGAGUUCCGCACCGUCUUCCGCAAGGCCCUGCGCCCCUGCAGCUGAGCAGAGCACCCCCUCACCCCGCCCCCAGCGUCUCUGAGCUCCCACCUUGCCUCAGGGGCCAGGCCCUGGCCA